AUGUCCGCCUUUCUCCCAUCUACGGCCGAGGGCUUCAUUUGCACUAUGCUUAGCAAUGUUGACCCUUCCAACCCUGCACUCUUGGAGAACUGCCAAAUCUGUUACGAAGAAUUCAAUGCCAGCCACCCUGCGGUCUGGAUUCGAUUUACAUCUGAAUGCCAGCACGUUUUCGGUCACCAAUGCUUAGUCGACUGGCUAACAAGCGACAAUACUAACGCCAACAAAAACAAAUGUCCGCUGUGUCGUAGUCCGCUCUACGGGAAGUCGAAAUGGGACGAGGACAUAGAGGCACAAACACGUUAUAUUCGGUCAUUAUCUGCGGCAGAUGUGGGACGGGACGAGAUUCGAGCACAGUCUUUCAUUCUCCAAGACAUGCUAGAUCGAUAUAGAGAGGCGGGUGAGCGGCAGGUCCUAGAACUUCGGCAGCAUCGGCGGCGUGAACGAAGGGCGAGGCGCAGGGAGCGGGAGCAAGAUGCCCACCGCCGUGCACCACGGGCCGAGCAAGACGAGAAGUAA